AUGUGUGUGGACGUGCAGCAGGGACAUCGAGGGGUCCGGGACAGUACGGAGGAGGAGAGGACUUUAACAAACGUCUCAAUAGAUAUGACAGUUAAACUAAAACUCCACCAUGCUUUUGGUUUUUCUGAAAAAAUAAGAAACAACUUGCUUUUCUUGAAUGAGCAAACCAUCAUUUUUCCAAGCGGGAACAACUGUGUGUGCUUCAACGUGCAACAACGAUGGACCAGGUUCAUUCCAGGUGGAAACGCAGACCAGCAAGGGCCACAAGGAAUCUUAGCGCUGGCUCUUAGUCCUGACAGGCAUUACCUGGCAGUGUCGGAGAGAAGAGAACAGGGUACAAUCACCAUCUAUGACCUACAGAACAAGCAGUGCUUCAAGAAACAAGUGCUAACAGGGGGCAGCAUCGACAUUCAAGAGUUUGUUUGCUUGGCUUUUUCUGCUGACUCCAAAUAUCUGCUGGGGCAGUCUGGAGCACCCGACUGGACACUUUUCUACUGGGACUGGGAAAAGAAUGAGGUCAUUGCCUUAGUGAAAACCACAAGAGUUGGCUUUGUCAGUCAGGUCAGCUUUAAUCCAAAGCAUAACACACAAAUUUGUGUGAGUGGAAAGUGUGUCUUCAAAAUUUUUAAAUUGGAAAAAAACUCCCUAAAUCAGUCCUCGUCAUUUGAAAUGGAAAACAUCACAUCCCAUGCGUGGAUGUCUAAGGAUAGCAUUAUCUUAGGGACAGAAACAGGAAAUCUCCUCAUGCUGAAGGCCGGACGCUGGCGUGAUCUCGGGAGAGCUUCUGAGAGGCAAACAAUGAGGACGGACUCUUCAUCCACAGGUGGACUACAGAGCAUCACAGCCAUCACGCAGUACUGUAAAGGCUUUGCUUGUGCAGCCGGGCCAGGGCUUGUUUGUCUUUAUGACAAAAGAGGGGAGUCUUACACGCAGACUUCGGAAAUUAGAAUUCCUCAGGAUUCAUGCAGCAAUCAGUCAAGUCAGUCUGAGCAGAGGAUUACAGCAGUGUGCCUAAGUCCAUCAGAGAAGACGCUGGCCAUAAGUACUCGUCAAGGCCAAAUCUACCAUGUCAGGCUUGACUCGACUGAGAUUAUAAGGGGUGAGCAGGCUGAAUUCAGGUUCCUGUUUCAUGCUGUUCACUCGGGGAGCAUUACCAGUCUGUCCACCUGCUCCUCAAAACCACUCUUUGCCACUUGCUCGAAGGACAACUCCGUGCGAAUCUGGAACUACAAGACCAAUUCUCUGGAGCUGAUUAAGGAGUUCCCUCAAGAGCCAAAAUGCAUCUCAUUUCACCCAAAUGGCCUCACUAUCUUGGUGGGCUUUGGUGAUAACGUCUGUCUUAUGAGCCUGUUGGUUGGUGAAUUCCGCACCAUCCAGGAGUUCAGAAUAAACGACUGCAGUGAGUGUUUGUUCAGCCAUGAGGGCAGCAUGUUCGCUGUGGUCACCAGCAACUUUGUCAACAUCUUCCACAGCAGCACAGGCGAAAAAGUCAGUCUGCAUGGCCACAUUAACAAGGUGCAGUCGGUAAAGUGGAGCAAAGAUGACCAUCGUCUGGUGUCAUGUGCAGCAGAUGGUACCAUAUGUGAAUGGAACAGUGGAACCUGGACCAGCAAGUCUACAAAGUUGCCGAAACCAUCUAACUACAUUGAGGGGAUGUUCUUGCCGAAUACAGAGAACGUUCUGCUUGUGGCCAGUGGCUUCAAUCUAAAUGAGUUCCGAGAUGGCGAGAUCCACAAGGAAAUGGCCUCAAAUGGCUCAACUUACACAGCCAUCUCCAUGACUCAUUGUGGCCAGGCGAUCUUUUGCGGAGGUGCUGCUGGUAACGUCAGAGUCAUUCAGUACCCGUUAGACGAUCAGGAAUCCUUGAUAGAGUAUGCGGCGCAUUCUGGUCCCAUAACUAGAAUGGCAGUCACACCUGAUAAUCAGUAUCUGCUCACUGCCUCCGUGAACGGCUCCCUCCUCAUCUGGACCAUCACUGACCAGAAGGGACGCAAUUUGAGUGUGAUGAAAGAAACAGAUCAUCCCGAGGAGAGCAUCCUAGACGGUAACGCCCUGGUGGAGUUUCUGAAGGAGGAACGGGUUCAGAAUGAAAUGGCCUGCAAGGAGAUGUGGGACAAUGUCAGACAGAAUUUCCACCAAGAGAUUGAGGCUCUCAAACACCAAAUCCAGAUGAUGAAUAAUGAGAUGGAGAAGAUGAAGAUCUCUCAGGAGAAUACAAUAACUGAGAUAAUGGAAAAACAUGCCAAAGAGCUAAAGGACCAGGAAAAUGGCCACAAAAAUGAGAUGCUUAAUGCACUCAAGAAACAUGAGGAGUUGGAGGAUAGAUUGCAGGCCAUGCAGCAGAACUAUGAGGAGCGUCUACAAAAACAAGAGGAAAACCAUUUGCGUACCAUGAUGAACAUGAAGCUGACCCAUGAUGAAAGAUUGCAGGGGAUGAUGAAAAAGGAUACGGAGCAGAUGAAAGUCUUUCAGAAGCAGACCAUAACUGAGAUAAUAGAACGACAUGCCAAAGAAAUGAAGGAACAGGGAAAUGACCACAAAGAUGAGAUGCUUAAGGCACUCAAGAAACAUGAAGAGUUGAAGCAGAGAAUGCUGGCCAUGCAGCAGAACUAUGAGGAGCGUCUACAGAAACAAGAGGACAUCCAUUUGCGUACCAUGACAGACCUGAAGCUGACGUAUAAUGACAGGCUGCAGGAGCACCAGCACAAUUUGCAAAAAGCUGAAGAGAAGCAGAAGGAACUGAUUGAGAAACAUGAAUCUGAGCUCAAGGAAAUCUGCCUCCAGUAUGACGAGAAGCUUAGUGCCAAGAAGCAGAGCAGCACGAAGCUGAAAAAAGAAAUGAGAUUCAUGGAAGAGCAGCAACAAGAAAUCUUGCAGAAGUCUGAGGAUAUACAGAAGGAAUUAAGAGAGAAGCAUAAAUCUGAGCUAAACGAAAUCUACCUCCAGUACGAGCAGAAGCUCCAGGCAGACAAGGAGACCAUCAUGGAGCUGGAACAAGAAAAUAAAACCUUGGAGCAGCAGCUCACAAAAAAGAAUGAUCUGGUGAGGGGCAUGAAAACCAACAUUAUGAAAUGCGCAAACUUCCUCUAUGACCCAAUUGCACUGAGGGACAAUUUCAUAAAGCUACGAAAAAUGUACAUCUGUGAAGAAGAGCAACAGGACCCCUUGCAAAAGUCUGUGGGGACACAGACUGAAACGCGGAAGAACCUUGAAUGUGAGCUAAAGGAAAUCUGCCGGCGAUACAGACAUAAGGCAGAGAGGGAAACUUCAGACGAUAAAACACCAAGCCUGGAUCAGCAGCAGGUGGAUACGUCGGAGCUGUGGACAAUUAAAGAAGAGAAACAGGAAGAAAGCAUUGAGUACAGUCUUGAUAUGGCCACCAAGGACAACAAAACCAUCCAAGAGCUGACAGAGAAGCUAAACAAGGAGAAAGAAAAGGUCAAUGAUAUGAAGACUCUCGUGCAGUGGAUGAAAUUUGACAUCGCACAAUGCUCAAACUUCAUCCAUGAGCCUGUACCACUGAGGGAAAACUUUCUAAAACUGCGCAAAACCUACAUCCGCGAAGCAGAGAUGUUGAAGUUUAAAGAAAGGGCUUGGCUUUUGCAAAAGCAGGCCAGGCAGAGGGAACAGCAGAAGAAAAAAGAGCUCUCUCAGAAAAAAGGCCAUGGUAUCCAUGUCAAAGCUCAUCAAGGAGACUGUGCAACUAUUCUGAAGAUUGAGGACAAUACAAUCUGCAUCAAGAAACAACUGAUUGAACCAAUUGAAGAACGCAAAUCAACUGAACCUGAGCAACUGCAGAACAUGAUUCAAGAGAAGAAGUUCGAGGCUGAGGCGGAGAUAAAAGCCAUUGACCUUAAGCAGAAGCUGAAAAUAAAAGAAAAGGAGCUGUGUACAGAGAGGCGGAGGGUCAGACAGAUGAGGACACAGGUGGAACGGAUGAAGUCUGACAUUCAAAAAUGUUCCAGCUUCAUCGGGGAACCAAAAAUGCUAAAAGAGAACUUUAUGAAACUGUACAAAAACUACAUCCAUGGGGGAGAUAUGCUGAGAUGCAGAGAGAAGGCUGGGGACGUGCAAGAGCAGACCCAGCAGAAGGAGCAAUUACAGAGUUCUCUAAAUGGCAACAGCAGGCUAUGGAGGCCAAAUAUCAAGCAGAAUCCUCUAAUUUCCUGAGGUGAGAGAGAGCAAAGAGAUACCAUGAUUCAAAAGACCCCAAAUCAUGAAGACACUAAUCAACUUCAAUAAGAUGAUAUUCCCAGGUGUCACCCUAGCACGCUUAAUGGAUUGACAGUGGCAACUUUCCAAGAGCAAGAAUCAAGUAGCAAGAAUCAAGAUAUACUGUGCAGCACAAACUGAAUUAGAAAUGAAAAAUACCUUAAGACUUUUUUUUUGAUGUCUUGGUAUUAGAGGAUGUUCAACACCACC